UUACAUAAAAUCACGCCUCUUUCCUCUUUGUUGUUCUUUUAAUUUACAAAUACUUGAAACACAAUGUGUGACGAUGUUCAUAACUGUUGCCGAAUUUGCUUAGACGUGGAAUCAGAUCACGUUAAUAUUCUUGGAGACCCCACUAUACACCUUCACCUGAAAUCAUGCCUUGCAAUUUCGAUUACUCCAGACGAUGAGUUACCCAAAGUAAUUUGCUCAGCCUGUGUAUCCAAACUAAGUGAUUUCUACAAUUUCCAACUCAAUGCUAGAUGUUCUCAAGACUGGCUGGAGUCUACGAUCGAAGAAAAGACUAAAAAACCCUCAGAGAAAACUCCGAUUCAACCAUUACCAGAUUCAGAGUACAAUUCAGAUUCGUUACUUGAAUUUUUAAAUAACACUGCAAAUAUAGAAGAAUAUUUAAAUAAUUUAGGCAAAGAAGAUAUACCGUCUAUAGUGAAUUUGUUAGACAGGAACGAGAACGCAUUGGAAUCUAAGUCGAAAGUUUCCAAGCCAGUAACACCUAAGAAAAAAGAGUCUUGCAAGCUGGAAAAGCAUAUCAACAUGGAAAUAGACGUAUUAGAUUCUGAAGCAGACGUUGUUAAUGAGAUUUUGAUGAAGGAAACAGAACCGAAAAUUAAACUAAAGAACGUUGAAAAGCUAGUUUGUUUUGCUUGUGCUAUGAAGUUUGAUAGUGUUCAUAAACUGUCGCAGCAUGUGAGUUCCUGUGAUAAUGCUUCUAGAACUUGUACAAACUGUCAUAUUCUAUUUGAUUCGAGGCAGCAAAUGCUUCAACACAGUGUGGUUCAUAACACAUCUUUAACCUGUAAUUGUGAUGCAAAGUAUGCAAGUUCACGUCUGCUGAUCAUAAUGAGAUGUACCGCCAUGUUAAAGGUCAUACUUCAAUGCCGGAACCAACAAAACACCUUUGCGAAUCUUGUGGCCGCUGUUUUGCAACCCACGCAUCACUUAUAA